CUGAGUGCAGGGUCAACAGUCAUGAUGUUUCUGUCGUUUGUGUUGGUGGUGGUCGCUGCAGUUGCCUUUGAGGCUGCCCCUGUUGACCAGUGGAUGACUGAUGAUGAAGAUUUUUCUGAUUUUUACGGACAACCCGAUUCCUCUGUUGGCGAAAAGGUUGCUGCCUGGCAUCCAUAUCAUCGGAUAAACCCUGAGGAGUUAGGUAGCUACGCGAAAGGGGAUAUCCUCAUCCCUCGCGACCCACCCUUGGAAGGAGUGCGAAAUGCACUUGUCGCCGCUGAAACGCACUGGCCAGGGGCGAUUGUGCCCUACGUUAUCGACGGCAACUACACCCACGAUGAGUUGGCCACUAUUUAUGCGGCCAUGACUGCAAUUGAAGAGUUUACGUGCGUCAGAUUCGUCGAACGCGCACUCGAACCUGACUACGUGACUAUCGAGAGUGGUGCGUCAGGGUGUUGGUCUUCCAUAGGGCGGAUUGGGGGGAACCAAGUGCUUAAUUUGCAACCUCCUGCCUGCGUUUGGAACCUUGGAACGCCAAUUCAUGAGUUUAUGCAUUCUCUGGGAUUUUUCCACGAGCAAAGCCGCCACGACCGGGAUAAGUACGUUCAGAUUUUCUGGCACAACGUUCAGGCCGGUCAAGAACACAACUUUAAAAAAUUUGAUCGUGUUGUGGCGACGACAAACGUGCCUUACGAUUUCAAUUCAGUAAUGCACUACUCCACUUUAGCUUUCAGCAAGAAUAAUAAGAGCACCAUCAAACCCAAGAUGAGUGGCGUGCGUCUAGGGCAGCGAGAUUAUCUUAGUAAGAACGAUAUUAAGAAAGUCAAUCAAAUGUAUCAGUGUUUCAAUUAAUUUUUCAAUUACGACUUGGACAUUUGGCCUUCGCUUAUCUGAUGGUGAUAAAUUAUAUCGUAUUUAGGUAGUAAACGUUUUCAAUUUUGUCUUUUAAAAUUUCCAUCAUCAAAUAUAAUCAAUAAAGUUUUUUGUACUGUG